AUGGAUAGUGCUUUUUGGUUCAAAGGCUUAGAUCCAGACAAAUGGAAAAUUCACUUUAUUACUCUUGCUAUGGCUAGAAUUCCCAUUCUGACCUCUCAUUUUUCACCCUUUUGCCCAAAUCGCCGUAGACCUUUCAAUUCCAACUCAACAAAUUCUGAAGUGAUAUCAGGCGAAGAGGAGUAUGGGAGGUGGACACGGCCAUGGCGUAACGUACAAAGGCGUAACAUUGCACCAGCCCAAGAGGUGGCAUACUGUCACUGGCAAGGGCCUAUGUGCCGUCAUGUGGUUUUGGAUUUUGUACAGGGCAAAGAAAGAUGGUCCUGUAGUAUUGGGCUGGAGGCAUCCUUGGGAUGGCCACGAAGAUCAUCAUUAGGUUUCCGAUGGAGAGCCGAAAAUGAAAUAUGA